AUGCCUGCUCUGCUGUCACACGCAACAGGGGUUAAAAUAACAAGCUGCGUCAUAGUUUCACGACGACAGCCGUUGUUUAUGAAGCUGCUCGGUACCAGCAAACAGUGUGCACAAGAACUGCUCUGCUUUCUGUUUUUAACUUCGGACAGUGUUAACAUUACGAUAUGUGUGCACUGUAAAUGCUUGUUUCUCUUCAGAGGUGACGCAAAUGUUGUGCGCCGUGUUGAGUCUCUCUAGGAGGAUACGCGAAUAUUUGGCCAGAUAUCUGUCAUCCACAUGGGAAUGGGGGACAUGAAGACACCAGAUUUUGAUGACCUACUGGCAGCUUUUGACAUUCCAGAUAUUGAUACAAAUGAAGCUAUUCAGUCCGAUAAUGAUGGGAAUCAUAAUGAACCAAGUGGUGUUACCGGAAAGGAGAGAAGUGGCAGUCCAAGCCUAAGACCAAUUGUUCCACCAGAAAGCCUGGACGAUGCUCCUUUAGCUUCUCAUAAUGACCCCCCUGUGGUCAGUGUGAUUGUCAAGAACAGCGUACUUCCUGAUCGAUAUACAGAAGCAGAUGUUGAUGACAAAAUGGAAGGGAAUGAGACUGGAGGUGUUGAAAGAUCUCCACAGCGGAGUGACGAUGGCUUGGUGCCUUUAGAUCCAUUAUCUAUCUAUAAUGGACUCAAGGUUGUCUCGGGUGGGAAUACAGAAUCUCCUCCAACACCCUCUUUAACCCACAUGCCACCCAAUAGACAACUUUGGCCUGUCUCCGCCUCUAAAGUUAACAGUGAUGGUACCGAGGACAACCAGGAUGGCUCUUGUUCUAAACUAUCUGAUAGCACUUUCUCUCAAUUUCAGUCUUUAACCCCAUCGGCUCCCCCCAUCUUAUCUUCACAUUUAAUCGAUCCAAGCAAACUUGAUGGUGAAGAGGCACAGCAUUCAAUUAUGGCCUCAGCACAACCUUUAAAUGGCACUUUGAGGGCGGGAGUCCGACGGCACUUAUCUGAGGAUGAAGAAUCUGAGCCAGACCUUGGCAGCCCUCCACUCAUUAUACAGGAGAGCCCAGAUUCCCAGCGGUGCUCAGCUCCCAAGGUUCCCCGCAGGCACCAGUCUCCUCUAAAUGUAUUUCAACCCCAGUCUCCCUCUUCCCCAGCCUUACCAAUAAGUAACACUCAAACAGAGGAGACAGCACCCUUUAUCCACCAUUCAGCACUACUUCAAAGCAAUCUCACCGAGACCUCUGUGAAAAAUUCACGACCUUCUGAAGAAAAAGACAUGGAGCACAUAAUCGAGGAGAGGGAUUCUCCUGAGAGCCCUGAGCCGGAAAUCCCUUAUUGCCCUCAAAUGAGCUCCGUUUCAGAAAAACCUCAGGUUCAUACAUCUGUUUCCUCAAAUCUGCAGGGAAUAAAAGAGUCGGGACAAAGUAGGGAAACUUCUGCACCUACAGAUCAAGUUGUUGAGGAGGAGCAAGAGAAGAGCGACCAUCACAUUAACAUCAAGAAUGAUGGAGUUGAAGAAGCAAAUGCAAAAGCAAAGUUAAAAUCCACUAAUACUGUAGUAGAUUCUGUUUCUGACUCCAGGAUGACACCAUCGAAGCCUCUCAAAGUCAGAAUCAAGACUGUCAAAACCCCUACUGGCAACAUAACACGUACUGUAUCUAAUGUGGGCCCCAAAGGAGCACCAGCUGGGGGCUCCAAGGGUCCUGAUGGCUCUAAAGUUUCAACAGGGGUUCGUAAACCAGUCCAGAGGCUUCAGAAAUCCAGUGCUGUUUCUCAGGCAAUGCCAAUGUUGCCUGUGUCCACCCUCCAAGAUGCCAGCACAGCUAUGUUAUUUGCAGCUAGCAGGGCACAGAAUAAUAUGGCUGCCACUCUCUCUGCCACUGCGGUCAACAUCACCAAAACGUCAACCCUGCCCUCCGUCUCAACUCUAUCUGCAUCCUCAUCCAUGACAGGGAUGAACAUUCGCUCCUUGGGACAGAAAAUGAUGAAUGGGAACACUGGGACAGCUAAACCGGCGUCCAUCGUAAACAGUCCGGGAGCUGUAAUUUCACGCAGCCAGUCUAGCUUAGUUGAAGCCUUCAACAAAAUCCUAAACAGCAAGAAUCCAUUGCCAAGUUAUCAGCCGGACCUCUCCACCCCUCCUCCACCAGAAUGGGGUCUUCGAUUGCCCUCCAACGGAUACCGCUGCCUGGAGUGCGGGGAUGCUUUCGCCUUGGAGCGCAGCUUGGCACGACAUUAUGAUCGACGCUCUAUGAGGAUUGAAGUGACCUGUAACCACUGCUCCAAACGACUUGCUUUCUUUAAUAAGUGUAGCCUGCUGCUUCAUGCACGAGAGCACAAGGAGAAAGGUCUGGUUAUGCAAUGUUCACACCUGGUCAUGAGUCCUGUCAGUGUGGAGCAGAUGAUCGGCCAACAGGAUACUGUACCUAUAGGUUUGCUCUGUACAUCCGCUUCAGGAUCUUCUUUCUUGCCUGCUGUUAAAGAAAGUGAUGUCCAACUUUCACAGUCUUCUGAUAACUGCUGUCCAGAGUGUCUGAGUCCAUUCAAAGGGAAAGCUGAAAUAGCAGCACACUUCCAAGAGGUCGAGUCUGGUGGCACUGACACAUGUUGCCAGAAGUGUUCUCCUCCGAUGCCUCUCUGGAAUCCGUGCAGUGCUGCGGCACACCGCCGGUUACAUCAGCAGCUGCCUCCGCUGGUCUGCCCUGAAUGCGGUGUCACAUGUCAGCCUAACAACUUCAACACACACCUGAAUCAAUUUUGCAUGCACUACUCACGUCGCCUCGGAUAUAGAUGUGCCUGCUGUCACUUGGUGUUUGGAGGUGUGAAUUGUCUAAAUGCUGUGAAGACUCAUAUGCAGACGGCUCACUGUGAAGUCUUCCAUAAAUGCCCCUCUUGCCCCAUGGCUUUUAAAUCUGCCGCUGGUGCUGGAAGCCACUGCAUCAGCCAGCAUCCUGAACUUCCCGAGACAGCCAGGGAAUCCAAGGAGAUCUAUAAAUGCGUAAUGUGUCGGACGGUUUUCACCCAGAAAGCAUUGCUCACCGUCCACUUUGACACCCACUUAGCCAAGCAGAAGAUGCACGUCUUUAAGUGUCCUGAGUGUAACAAGCUCUUCACACAAAGAAGUUCACUUCUCGAGCACAUCAAGGUUUCUCACAGGGCUUCUAGCAUUCAACAAUGUGACGUAUCGGUGCAGAGGACUUUGGUGAAAAUGGAUAGCUCUGAUGGAGAGGAGUGGGGACGGGACGAACAGGAGGACAGAGAAGGACUGAUGAAAGAAAGCAAGAACUCCACUGCUACAGAUGUCCAGGGCUGGAGCUGCUCAAAGUGUCAGACGCGCUACACGGAGAAAGAAAACUACAUCACGCAUAUGGCUGAGCAGCAUGGCAAGGAGCUGAAGAAGUUUCCAUGCACUCUUUGUGAACGAUCCUUCUCUUCAUCUUCGAGUUUAAGACGCCACAUUCGUGUCAAACACAAAGGCAUUAAAAGAGCUUUUUAUUGCCAACUGUGCACAGGUGGGAAGAGGAGUUUUAGUAGUAAGCUGAUUCUUGAGAAACAUAUGCAAGCUCAGCACAGUGGAGACAGAGGAGCAUCCACCCAGGCAGUACGUCAUGUAAAUGAUCCCGCUGACAGCUCUUCGGAACAGGAUGGUGGUCCUAGCACUUUGGGCAGGGCUUCAAUCGAUGCAGACAGCCGAUUGGCUGAGGCUGCAGGAGAGGAGCAGGAAGACGUAGGAUUUCGCUGCACGCCUUGUGGAUUUUCUACAGAAGACAAGGAGGAGUUUCUACAGCAUAUCGCUUGUCACCGUGGUGACGGAGGCAGCGCUUUUCAGUGUCAGCAGUGCGGGGCAUGUUUUGCAUCCGCCUCCUCCCUGAGCAGGCAUCUCUUUAUCAGCCAUCGCGUGCGUGACGUCCCCUCCGACCGCACCGAGGUGUCUCCUGGCGAUGGAUCGACUCCUGGGAACGUGGCAUCUGACCAUGCUGUUGUACCGGGGUCCCCAGGGUCACCAUCGAGUACGGGGGGGUCACAGGCAGAAGAUGGUGAAGGUAAGCACACCUGUAAGGUGUGUGGACGUUACUUUAACAAACCUGCUGAUCUAAACACACACUUUAGAACUCACGGCAUGGCCUUCAUCACCACAUGCAAAACAGACAAACCAGCAUAGAAAAGAAUAGACGGGGAUAAAUAGACGGGGGAUUUUUUUUUUUAUGUUGUCACAUUAUUUUAAUGACGAUAAAGCGUGCCGUCCUCAUCAUAAAUAUAAAACUUAAUUAUUGUAAUGUACUUUAAUAAUUUUUAAUACUAUAUAAAAUGUGGAUGGUGUUAACAAGUUUUUUGUCAUUAAAGUAAUUUGACAAUGUUCAAAAUUAGUGCUGCCUCACGAUUAGUCGCGACUAAUCAUUUGCAGAAUAAAAGUUUUUGUUUACAUAAUAUAUGUGGGUGAACUGUGUAAAAUAAUUAUUAAUAAAUACACACAUAUAAUAAAUAUAUAUGGAGCUGGGCAUAGAUUCAUCUAGAUUAAUCUCUUACAAAAUAAAAGUAAUUUUUUGCAUAAUAUAUGAGUUUGUGCUGUACAUCAUGUAUGUAUUUAAGAAACAUUUACAUGUGUAUAUAUAUUUAUUUAUAUUUUUAUAUAUUCUAUAUUAUAUAUAAAUAAAAAAACGAUAUAUUAAUAAAAAAUUCUUAUAUGUAUGUAUGUGUUUAAAUAUACAUAAUAUUAACAUACAGCACAAACUCACAUAUUAUGCAAAUACUUUUAUUUUGUAUGAGAUUAAUCUAUUCCCAGCUCGAAUACAAAUAUAAAUAUUUAUUAUAUAAAUAUAUUUUUUUCUUAAAAUUAUACAUGAAUGUGUGGGUAUUUAUAUAUUCAUAAAUACCAUAUUAUACACAGUACACACACACACAUAUUAUCUAAACAAAAACAUUUAAUCUGCAAACGAUUAGUUGCGACUAAUCAUGAGGCAGCACUAUUAAAAAUCCAAAUUAUCCUUUUAAUCUAUAUAUAUAUAUAUAAAUAUAUUUUAUAAAUAAAUCUUUGGGUGAAAUGUGGUCUUGAUGGACUCGUGAGAUUUACCUGAGAAAUACUAUGGUAGAGAUUAUAAAUACAGAGUCUGUAGACUAUAAAUAAAUGUUUAUCACAACCUGUUAAACUACAAAAUACACUGCAUCAGGCAAAACAUAUUUGCAAGAAUGUUUUACUUCAGUAACUCUAGUUGGUGAAGUAGAGGAGUGGUUGAGGAAAGGGCUAAGCCAUAGACGCUGAAGAUUCAUGUUUUUUUUGAACGAAUGUAUUUAGAUGGUCAUAAACUUGUUUACCAGCCCUGCUAUAUUCAUGUGCCUACUGAUUCAAUUUUGCUAAAAAAUAAUUGUACAGUCUAUUUUCUUGAAUUUAAAAAAAUGCAGCUUGUUAUAAAUACAAUACUGUAAUGACUAACAGUUUAGCACAGCCAAAUGCUUAUGAAUCAGGUGAUUUAUUUUAUAUCAAUAUUUUUGUAUGUUAGAUAUUUGUAAUUUUUUAUCUGUUUCCACAGAGGCAUUACAUCAGGAAACUUGCUAAAUUGUAAAGGUGAGCUUUAGAAUGAAAUAAGUGCCUUCUUAAUUUAGUUGGGAUUCAUUUUACUUCUCACAGGCCUGCAGAAAUUUACAAUAUGUUCAUUAAUUUGGAUGAAAUCUGUAUUGUGUGUAUGUGUGUGUGCGCGUGUGUAAGAGUUGGAAGAGCAUGAAAACAGAGAAAAUGGAAAAAGUUAUGAUAUUAUGUUUUUGUUUUAUUGUUGACUUUCUUUUCAUUUUAAAGAUGAUUAAUAUAAUUUUGUUUUACUCUUGCCUUGUUUUGCUGUCUCAAAUUUAUUGUGAGAUAAUAAAGAAAAACUGUAGCGCCUGAA